AAAGGUUUUAUCUUGGGUGACGUUAGAAAUUCUAUCAUCGUCAAGUUGUAAACUGUCACACGUACUAAAAGAUUUGAACUAUUGAAAAAUGGCCAUACUGUUUUCUACCGACAAGUAUUAAGAUGUGUUAUGGAGAACGGACAAACAGAACACACUGUUACACUGUGGUAUCUCUGACCAUUUAUUUACUCUUAUCAGGUGUUCUCAGUGUUGAUAUUUGUCGUAAGGAUACCAGUACAGAAGAACUGACCUCAGCGUUACACCAAGGUGCCUUACCAGUAGGGAGAUUUCAAGCAGGGAACUUUUCAAAAGACACGAAAGCGACCAAACUUUCUACCUGUAUACUAAGCUGCUGUAACCAAGACGACUGUGACGCUGUCUUCUUCUUUCAUAAUCCAAAAAUAGAUUCAGUCACAUGUUAUUUGAUACAAUGUAAUAAGACAUACUCAGGAUCAUGUGACCCAGGGCCAAAAGACGCAUCAACAAAUAAAACAUACUUUGUAAAUGUUCGUGAUGUUGCUUACUCCCAGGGAGGUAGUACCCCUGCUCAGCGUGAAGGAUCUUGUAACAUACUGAGUGAGAAUUCAGGUUGUGAGGAACAUGAAGAGUGUAGGUUAAAAGCUACCCUCUCGUCCUACCACACAGAAUGUGUCUGUGUCAAGGGAUACAAGUUUGAUGAAGACCAGAAAAUAUGUGUUCAAGAGAAGAAGACCAAUAAGAUAUGUGAUCCCUCCAAGUCUGAGUGUGGGGACCAUGAGGAAUGUUACGUACCCAGUAAUCUCAGUCCACACCUAGGAAUCUGUGUGUGUAAUAAAGGGUACGAGAAAAAUGACAAGGGCGUCUGUACUUCAGUCAUUCCAACAUCAUCGCCUGUACAUAACCAUCACAAGUCAAAAGUACAUCAUUGUGAAUAUGGACUUCGUCGCCAAUGUGACCAUCACCAAGAGUGCUAUAUUCCUAAGCACUCGCACAGUAGAACUGGUAUCUGUAGGUGUGAAAAAGGGUACCAGUUUGAUAGUGAUAAUAAAUGUGUUUCUAUAGUAACAACAACAGAAGCCAACAUAGAGAAUCAUAAAUCCACCCAUUGUGAAUAUGGCUUACGUAAUCAGUGUGACUUGAAUGAGGAAUGCUUUAUUCCUGAAACUUCUCAUAGCCGUACAGGCAUCUGUGUCUGUAACCAGGGCUACAAACGCAAUGAGAAUUACACAUGUGUUGUUGUUUCCUUUGGCUUAGGUGAUUUAGAUAUCACAGCCUCCAAGAGGAAUAAAUCAGCAAACUCUCCAACAACUACUACCACUACUGCAGCGACCACUACUAUAAAAGUUACACCACUAACAGUAUCUGCAGGGAAAGAUAAAGUUAUCCAGCUACCUAUCAACGAAGUCACAUUAAAUGCUUAUGUUAUUAGUAAAGAUGAGGAAGAGAAGAAAUUUGAUUAUGAGUGGUCCAUCACAUCCAUGCCUGAUGGAGCAGAAAUUGGUACAAUGGUUGGCAAAAACACAGACACACUCAAAUUGUCAAAGUUAAUAGAAGGGCUGUAUACAUUUACAAUCCAUGUCAGAGGACCCCACCAAUCUGGAGAAGCUUUUGUUAAUGUCACAGUAUUAAAAGCUGCCAGACAAAAUACACCCCCUGUAGCCGUCAUCAAACCAAUGAACCAAGAGGUUAAGCUCCCUAACUCCGCCAUACUGGAUGGUUCAGAUAGUAAAGAUGAUGAUAAAAUUGUGAAGUAUCACUGGGAGGAGAAAAGUGGUCCAUUACAAGGUCAACAGUUACAAGAUGAUACAGCCAUGUUGACCUUGAAAGAUCUGGCUCCAGGAGUUUACAUGUUUGAAUUAACAGUUACAGAUUCAGACGGGGCCUCCAACUCUACAGUAGCAAAUAUUACAGUGAUCAAAGAGACGGAUUACCCACCUAAAGCUAAUGCAGGAUCUGAUGUAAUUAUCCAUCUACCACAGAACUCAGUCAUACUCAAUGGUAACCUGAGUACCGAUGAUAAAGGCAUAGCUGAGUAUGAAUGGAUCAAGGCUGCUGAUGACAAACUGACCGCUGAUAUGACAGGUGUGCGAACAGAGUUUCUUCAUUUAUCUAACUUACAAGAAGGUGACUAUACCUUUACAUUGAAAGUAACAGAUGCAGCCAAGCAGACGUCAUCAGCAGAAGUACAUGUGUUUGUCAAACCAGAUGUGAAUCAUCCACCUAAAGCCGAUGCUGGUGGUACUAAGACUAUUUAUCUCCCCUUGGAUGGUAUUGUCCUAGAUGCUUCCAACAGCACAGAUGACAAAGGAAUCACUCAGUAUAAUUGGGAACAAAUCCCUGGAGUGGGAGGAAGUAAAUUAGAUAUAACAGAUCCAAAAGCAGCUGUUACCAAGGCAACAGGGGAAGUAAAAGUUGGAAAAUAUAUAUUUGUAUUGUCUGUCAAAGACGUUGAAGGAACUAGUUCUGUCAUCAAUCAUAUAGUUAAUGUGAUGGAACAUCCUAACUCUAAACCAGUGGCCAAUGCAGGACAGGACCAGAUCUUAAUGUUACCCAUUGAUAUUGUCAAACUUGACGGGUCUAAAUCAUCUGAUGAUAAAGGAAUUGUCAAGUACAGUUGGACCAGGGACCCAACAAGUCUGGCAGCUGGGGAUCCUUUGAAUGGUUCAGACCACAAGGCUGUAUUACAGUUAGUUAAUAUGGUAUCAGGACGUUACACGUUCAAGUUGACAGUUUUAGAUGCUGAGGGUCUGUCCUCAAGUGACUCUGCAUCUGUUCUCAUCAGAGAUAAUCCUCAUCAAGAAGAUAUGAUAGAACUAGAUAUAGAUACAGACAUCAGACAGUUUACAGAAAAGGAUAAAGAAAAUCUACAAAGUCAGUUAUUGUUGAUGUUACCAAAAAAAUCUGACAGUGUUAAAACAGAGGUUGUUCUGGAUCACUUAGAGGAGGAAACAUCUAGUUCAUUGAUGAAGGUAUAUUUCCAUGUAGAGGAUCAAUACAGAGAAGCUGUAGAAAUUAGAAAUGGUAUGGAGACUAAAAAGUUAUUGAGUGAGAAACUGAGAUCUGCUGGCAAUCAAAUACUCAGCUAUCAAGUUAUAAAUAUAGAUACAAUAAUUUGUCAAAACAAUUGCUCAGGUCAUGGCCACUGUGGUAAAAAGAAUAGAAACUGUAUCUGUGAUGCUUUCUGGAUGGAAAAUUUCUUUAAAACAUUAAUUUUACAUGAUGAAAGCAAUUGUGAUUGGAGUAUAUUAUAUUUUAUUAUCGUUACAUUCCUAAUAGUAGUAGCCAUCACAGCAAUAGUGUGGGGUUUUAUUUGUUGGUGUAAAAAUAGAAGAUGCAGAUUUAGAUGGCGGACGAAAAAAAGACACAGAUAUUCUCUGUUAAAGGACAGUGAAUAUAAAGAUGAAAUAAAACUUCUUCCAAAAGGUAAACCACAGAACAGCAGUGUAAUGAUAUCAGAAUCAGAUUUCUCAAGUGAAGAAGAAACAUUAUUUGUCAAUCACAAGAAAAAUGGCUUUGUCAAGAAACCUCCAAAUGGCAUAUCUAAACAGCAUUUGAAAAAUAAGCUUAAAGCUUAAAAUUAGAGAGUUGAGUAAGGGGAGAUAAUUUGUUAAUGUUAUAAUUAUCUCCCUUUAAGAAAUCUUUACUGUUUGUAAAUUUUCAACAAGGGUGAUGGUAUAUCAUUCAAAUGUUUUCAAAAUGUUGCUGAUCUAGUAUUGGGUAUAAGUUGAAAAAGUUCACAUCUCACACUUCUGUAUUUUAAUUGAUUUCACUUAUGUAUCAUUGACACAUCAUAAUGAACUUUGUCAGGAAAUUUAUACAUGAUGCAAACAAAAUUUUCAUGAAAUCCUAGACUUUGUUUAACCAAGAUUGUAAUCAUUUCUGAUUCAUACAAGGCCUUCACAAUUUCUCUUUCAAAUUUCCACUACCAAUACAAUUUUGUAAAUUGAAAAUGAAACUAUAUAAGUUUUUAAUAUAAUAUUAUGACAUAUUAAUCCAUAUCUGUUUGAUUCAGAUCCUAUCUAUUAAAGAUGUUCAUUUUAACAGACAAAACAUAAUGAAUAUUGA